AUGGAUUCCAAAAACAUAUCCCCAUCAUUUCCUCCCUCUCUUCCUCUAGAAUCUAAUAGAAACCCUAGGCAUAGUAAAUGGGUAUAUGGCCACAACAAUACACUCUCUUUCAAUCUCUCACUCAUAGAAUACUCACCCUCAACUGUUAUCAAUAAUUAUGAUAGUCAUGCACCAGGAAUAAGGAAAGCAAUGAAACUUCUUGAAAUUCAAUUUUCUCAUUCAAAUGUAUCAGCAUCACCAUCAGUAUACAAUAACGAGGAUGUCCUCGAUAUUUACAACAACACAGUGCAGAUGAAUAAUUUUAAUGAUGCUGAUAUUCCUAAUCUCCUUGUCGCAGGAUCAUCGGAGUCACAUGAGACACCAUCAAAUCAAACAACUUUUGUUACUAGUGAUGAUGUUACUUCUGUCGGGGUGUAUUUCAAGAAGAAGAAAGUUGAUGAUGGUAGAACCCACAGUCUUCCUCACAAGAAAUACGGACCGUACACGUGUCCAAAGUGCUACCAAGUGUUGGCUACUUCGCAAAAGUUUGCUUCUCAUGUGACGUCAAAUCACUACAAGUUUGAUAGCCCAGAAGAGAGAAAAAAGAGAUAUAUGUCUAGGAAGAAACCAGAUCUCCAGAUUCCUAAGCUCGAUAAUGGACAAACAACUUUUGUUCCUAUUGUUCCAUCUACUGAUCGUACCACUUGUUGCUUCCUUUAUCAAUAA